AUGACUGGCCAGAGUCUCGAGGACCUUAGUGGAACAAACAUUGAGGAAAAUGUCAUACGUAUUAACGUUGGAGGGUUCAAGAAGCGACUCCUUUCCAAUAUGUUGUCUCGGUUCCCGGAGACCAGACUGGCGCGUUUGCUUCGAUGUCAGUCAAAAGAUGCCAUUCUGGAACUGUGUGAUGACUAUGAUGACGCCGAGAAAGAGUUUUACUUCGACAGAAACCCGGCACUUUUCCCAUAUGUUUUGAAUUUUUACAACACUGGGCGGUUACAUGUUAUGGCAGAACUCUGUAUUUUUUCAUUUAGUCAAGAAAUCGAAUAUUGGGGUAUCAACGAGUUCUUCAUAGACUCCUGUUGCAGCAACGCAUACCAUUGCCGUAUUAUGGAACCCAACCGUGACGAAUGGGAUGACAAAAGUGAGGAGGGAAGCACUGCAUCCUCCUUCGACGAGAUUUUAGAAUUCUACAAUGAUGCCACAAAGUUUGACAAGCAACCACUGGGAAGUGUUAGACGUAGAAUCUGGCUGAUGCUAGACAACCCUGGCUAUUCGGUUCCCAGUCGAAUAAUCAGCGUGUUCUCCAUUCUUGUUGUGUUGGGAUCCAUUGCCACUAUGUGCAUGAACAGUAUGGCCGAGUUCGUCGUGUUGGAUAGUGACGGGCAGCCUUUGGAGGAUCCGCGCUAUGAAAUUGUAGAGCACUUUGGAAUAGGGUGGUUUACGUUUGAGUUGCUCGCCAGAUUCGCCGUGGCUCCAGAUCUUUUACACUUCUUUCAGCACCCUUUGAAUUUAAUUGACCUCGUGUCAAUUUUGCCCUUUUACCUCACACUUGUCAUUAACUUGGUAGCGGAAAGCAGCCCGGCUCUGACCAAUCUGGGGCGCGUGGCUCAGGUGCUGAGGCUGAUGAGGAUUUUCCGCAUUCUGAAGCUCGCGCGCCAUUCCACUGGGCUUCGCUCGCUGGGUGCCACUCUCAGGAACAGUUACAAAGAGGUGGGUCUCCUACUGUUGUACCUUGCAGUGGGAGUGUCCUUUUUCUCCGUGAUGGCUUACACAGUUGAGAAAGAGGACAGUGAUGACCUCAACACCAUUCCCGCAUGCUGGUGGUGGGCAACGGUGAGCAUGACGACCGUGGGAUAUGGUGACGUCGUGCCCGUCUCCAUUGCUGGGAAGCUCACCGCAUCGGCGUGCAUCCUCGCUGGAAUUCUGGUCGUUGUGCUUCCGAUCACACUCAUUUUCAACAAAUUUUCUCUUUUCUACAAGAGACAGAAACAGCUAGAAGUCGCAAUGAAGAGUUGCGACUUUGACGAAGGUAUUAAAGAAGUUCCUUCCGUGAACCUCAGAAACUAUUACGCACACAAGGUGAAAUCUCUAAUGGCAAGCCUGUCAAACAUGAGCCGGAGCUCACCAAGUGAGCAUAGCCUUACCGAGUCCCUCCAUUGAUUUCUCGACUACACCUGGCUCCGUUAAAGUCACUCCAAGCAAGUUCAAGCACCUAAAAGGCCUAAAAAUGCUACACGCACACUGACAUAACACUGCAUGAAGAAGACCUAUAGCUUCUACGGGCUUCUUAAAAAUCAGUGGAUCACGAAAGUUACACUGAUGUGCUUUUAACUAUACCACCAGUGUUUUCCGUGUCUGUAAAAUCGAGUGUGCGUCCCAGUGUAUUUCUUAAUUAGAAGGAACCUGUAGCAUGGAUGGCAAGAAUCCUGUGAGAGAUAUCAGGAAAACAUAGUAACAUGAGCUGUUCUAUAAAUGUGCUUAAAGUCUCUAUAAGUGACUCGUCUUAUAUGAAUGUGUUUCGACACAGUUAAUCUAGACGUCCAAAUGGUUUAAUGUGAUAUUGUUGUUACCGAUUUAGUAGACUUAUUAGAUACUGUAAAGACAAUAUUUGAUGUCAAUAAAGGUACACAU